AUGAUCGCUCGAAAACAUCUCAAGCAAAGCAAUGACAGUCAAAUGGGAAGAGCAUGCCCGGGUCUACUGCUCCAUCGUCGAUGGCUCUCUGAUGGAAGUGGGCGACGCUUUCACAGAUGAAGAGCUGUUACCAUUUCUUCCUCUUCUCACUACUUGUCUUGCACAUCCUUCAUUGAGCACAUCCAAUGCGUUCCUUUCGAAAAUCUGCUCAUUGGCAACGGAAAAUGGGCUCAUGGCUUAUCUGACGUUAGAUUACCGAUGCGUUGAAAACGACAUUGUAUUCUUGUCAAAGGCAGAAGGAAGCGACGGAUUUGCUAGUUUGGGACCUGCACAAAAGAUCACAAUGCUUUGUCGAGCUCUCCAAAAAGAUAGUUCUACAAAUCAAGAGGAAUGGCUUUUGGCAUGUUUAUGCGAAGAAAAUGUCGAAGAGCUAGGAUGGUUGUUAUCGCUAAUCCUCCUCAAUAUGCCAAACAUCAUUUCAAUCGAAGAUCUCGUUUCGAAGUUGCUUCUGUUCAAAGAUGGACCAGACAUACUUACUCAAGCUGCUGCAAAUAUUGCGGAACUUUACCUACCAUUGCUAUCCCAUUUGCUAGACAUGGCACCUUCUGAUCAAGUCAUCUCUGGUGCGCGUCUCACAACCAUCACGAAUUUGGUGGCACUCAAUCCUCCACUUUCUCAUUCUAUCCUCAAUCGCAUGGCUGAAACUCGAAAGGACUGCAUGUUUGCCACACGAGUGGUUUGCGAAAGAUUAGAUGACAAGGCUGUUUGCAACUUUCUUCGAGUACAUUUAUUGGAUAAGAAAGGGCUAAUAUCGUCGCUUAUUGGGAAGAGUGCUGCUAAGCAUACCGCCGCUGUUGUUUUGAACCGUUUGUUGACUAUGAUUGGAGCUGCUGUGAGCGCACAAUCUACUGAACCCAUGACAGAAUUGUUGCUGUCUAUGAUUUGCUUGUAUCAUCGCUGCGGCUUGAAGCUGCCACCAUCAGAUCUUACUCUCAUCACUACUUUCAUAUGCCGUGAGCGUAUACAAUGCGAUGGUCAUCUUAUUGCUGCAUUGGCGGCUCUGAUUGCUUCGCCGACACUAGCAUUUUCGAUGAGCGUUCCUGUGGCACUAAGUUAUCAAGUGGAACCGCACAUUUCCUCAUGGCUGGAAUGGCUGAAAACGCAGACCGAAAAUGGCGCUCGUCCUGCGUUGGCCAGUGAUCUCCUUUAUGUCGGUCUAGGUAUUGCUGGCGGACGUUCGGAGGCACUUUGUGCCUAUUUUGCGGAAACAUUACGAUUACAAAAGGUUUUUAUCCACCAAAGGCAACUGGAUCAGUGGAAGACUCUAUUCACGAGUUCAUGUUUAUCAGAAGCAGAUCUCACUAUCAGAUGCGCUACAUUGCCAAUCACACGUUCAUUGUCCGCUUCCUCUGGGAAUAGACUACCCAUUCAUGCCAUGGCUGAACUUAUGACGGCAAAUGCUUUCACAAAGUAUAAUGUGGAUAUCAGCUCAUGGAUGGAAAAGCAGCUAGUAGAACUCGCCCUACCUAUACAUCCACAACUACCCGAUUUGACAAUACGCUUUGCCAUUGAAGCUGCACAGAAAAAUGUUGCAGGACUUUCACCGCAGUUCGUAGAGAACAUCUUCUCUGGUGAACUUCUGGAUGAUUCAAAAAUCAUUGUUCGCAUAGUAACUUUGCUAUACCUUCUCUGCUACAAAACUAAGAAGAACGCAUUAAAAAAUGAAGAUAUGUAUCCAAAUUCGAUCUACACUCGCCUGCCCAUCAGACACUUACUGAGUGUCAUGGAAACUCGUUAUGAUAGCUUUUCUAAGAUUAGAUGUCAUCUGAUUCGUCUGACUACGGAUCUUUUCCCACAUAUGUUACCCACAGUAACAAGCUUGAAGAUUGCUAAGUCACGUUUUAUGGGUGUACCAAUGACAGAGUCUGUGCAAGAGUUUGAGAAUGAUUUGUGCAGUAAAGAUAUCGCUGUGUGUAUGAAGGCUGCUCAGAAGCUGCAUAAUGCACCACUGACGGACCAAGUGCGCUUGAUGCCCUGCAUUACUCGCGCAUUCAUAUUUUCUCUCGAAAAUACGCCACAAUCUUAUGUGGAACUAAUUGUGCGAGUUUGGAACCGUUUGGAAAAUGUUAUUCCCAGGAUGUUAUAUGAGUACUGUAUAUCUGCCUGGUGUACAUCUGUGACGUCCGAUCAAUGUUACAAACAUCCAUGCCUUUUAUUUAGAUGUGACAGGAGGAUUCUCUCUUCUCCUAUGCAUUUUUCAUGCUUCCUCAAAAUUGUAGCAUUUUAUGAUCAAGCUUGCCGCAUAGACUUAAUGUCUCAGUUACAAAACGCACCGCCAGUAAACAGUGAGGAAGAUCGUGCUUCGCGAGACGUGCUCACUCACGCUUUUGAUCAUUCGCAAACUUCCAUUCUCAUUCAGACCCUGAUUGAAGUGAGCGAUGUCCGGAGGAUGAAGGACGAUAUAAGAGAUAGUGCUGCUGUUGCUCGAAGAUGCGAAGUGAUGAAAUUGGCAUGUAAUUUCAUCCACCAAAUGUUCAUUCAGGAUAAGAAUCUGAUGAAACUUGUUCUUUUCCAGACAUGGCCCAUAGAAAUGAUUCGACCACUUGUGAAGCAUGUUCCAUCGAUGUUUGUUGCCACAGAAUUCAUACAAGAAAUGUUGGCUUUGCCAGAUUUGAAAAGAAGAAUCUUUGCUGUAUGUCUCAUGGCCGAAGUGGGAAGAAAGUAUCGGUUGACUGAAUCUGCCGCAUCACUGAAUCUAGUGGUGGAUGUACUCAAUACCUUAUUGAAAUAUGCCCAAAUGCCCGGUAACCACGCACUGUUCACAGCAAUCACGCCUUCAUUAGGACAUAUUGUACCUAUUUUUCCAUCGCUUGCCCCGCUGGUAUCGAUGCUUUUGCUGCGAAUAUCAGCAGUGACCAAAACACAACUAUCAAUGAACUGCCUUGACGUGCGACCCAGAAACAACGGCGAGAGGAAAUUGGUGAAUGUAGUAGAGCGGGUGUUAAGCUCCCGGUUGAAAGUUACGGAUUGAACUGCACAUCAGAUGUGCUUUACCACACUGGGAAUGUCAGAUACAAAAGGACGGGUUUUGUUAUCGUUUUUGUUUUUGAAAAUUGAUAAAGAUAUCAUUUAUGUACAA